AUGUUCACUACAUUCGUUGGAACGGCAGCGGGUGCUACCGAAUCGAGCGCUCCGCUAACUCCGGAGCCGCAACCCCCCAAACCUCGACAGAAGCGGAGUCAAGUAGCUCGGGCAUGUGAUUGGUGCCGUGUACAUCGUAUUAAAUGUGAUAAUCAUCUCCCUUGCUCGAAUUGCCGGAAGAGAAAUGGCCAGUGCAGUCAAGGGGAGAUACCUGUUCGUACUCUUCCUCAUGCCUAUCGGAAAAUUGAGCGCCUAGAAAACCGGGUGAGAGAAUUAGAACGGGAACUUGAGAACGAGCGUAAGGCUAUAAAGCCCGGCACUGGCAUUAACACGCCUCAAACGCCAUCGAGUCUCGCCUCGUCCGGGCCUUCUGGCUCCGAGGGACCUGAAGCCUUCGAUUCUCCAGGGGAACAUGGAAAUAGUCCGGAGGGGAAGAAGUCAAGAGAAGGAGUACAUAUUCCUACCACCCGCUCCCAGCAGGGAACGUGGUAUGGUGCCUCAUCGUUAUUCUACUUUAUCAGGCGCAUGAACACUUUCUUGAAUACUUCUCUUCAACAAGCCCGACCUAUCGAUCGCAUGUUACCAGACCCAGUGAAGCUAUUCGAUGGGACAAGCCAAACCUCUACGAAAGAUCAGAGUAGUCGGCCGACUACUACCGUAACAGGAGAACCUGCCAUCGCAGGGAGCUAUUUAACUCCAACUCAGGAAGAAUAUUUCAUAAGUCUCUUCUGGCAAUCUCUCCACACCUCACUACUAGUUUUAGAUGAGGGUACAUUUAAGGAGCAUUACCAAUCCUUAUGGACAACAUCAGGAAGAGAGCGAAAGCCGUCGGCUCUUGUCGACAUAGUCAUUGCCUUAUGUAUGCAAUAUAACACAGCGCUACAGCCAGGCCUCGAGGACGACAUCAACGAUAUUAUCGCUGGUAGCCGGUUGUAUUAUCAGCGCUGCCAGAGGUUAUUAACCAACGACCUAGAGAAUCCUACUAUAUUAACGCUGCAGUGCCACCUAUUAUCCUCUGUAUAUUUGUGCUCUGCAUCUUUCCCAAAUAUGUCAGAUAGCACCUGUACGCUGGCCGUGCGGACGGCGUAUAUGCUUGGCCUUCAUCUAGAACCGCCAGAAGAUAUGUCGAAGCGGGAGCAAGAAAUGCGAAAGCGCUUAUUGUGGACUCUUUAUGUCUUCGAUAGUAAAAUCAGCAUGAAACUAGGCCGUCCGUUCCAACUAGAUCAUUCCGAUACUGCUUGUAGCUUACCAGGUGAUGACCGGGAAUGCGCAACGCUGUCGGGCUCCGUGUUUGCUCCGCUCGGAGAAGAUGCUACAUGGCUGACUUUCAACCUCGAAAACGUUAAGCUCUUCAGGAUGAUCCGAAUAACUUACACGGCCUUCUAUAAGAAACAGCUCGGCACUACUAGUAUCUUCGACGACCAGGCUUCACGGAAUGACCCAAAGAUCAUCGAAUCCCAUGCGGAGUUUCUAGGUCCUUACAUAGACCGAAUAGAGGACUGGGUGAAAGGCGUCCCCGAUGCCCUUAAAACUAAACGGGGAGAAAAUGGCGUUUCUUUUUCAACCGACUCCACCCCUCUCGAAAUCGAACCGUUCGCAUCGCUCUGGCUCCAGCGGCAACGUCUUCUAUUGGAACUUAUGUAUCACAAUCUAUGCAUAAACCUAUUCCGUCCCUUUGUCCGUUUUGGUCCGGCAGCAGGGCCUACUCCAGUUGCUGACAAUAUAGCUGCAGACUGCGCCCGUCACGCCAUAGCACUGACACGUAUCCUGCAUCAAGUACUCUCAUCGACGUCUAUUCUUACCGGCUGGCAUGAGGCAUCCCAGUGGCAGUGGAACGCCGCCAUGUCACUUAUCGGCUAUGUGAUUGCCUAUCCACAAAGUUCGACAACCCCGGAGGCAAGAAGCGCUGUCGACCUCGCCAUAGGUGUCUUUGAUAUCUGGAAAAGGAGCAUCAAAACUGCGGCCAGUGCGGCUGCUAUUACACGCGAUGUCAUCGCACAGGCCGAUAUACUUAUCAAGCAGACACAAGACAGCCAAGAUUCGCCGCAGAAAGCGGACGAGACGCCUCUAGGUUCCAGUAGUUGGGAGGCUACAAGUGACGAGGCGCUCACCGACAGUAACCCCGCCGAAGCACUAACAGCGGUUGGUGAUUGGGGUUAUAACGAUGGAAUAGGGUUACCUAUGCAGGGCAUGCUGGCUGGGUCUAUUGACAUGGCGUUCACUUUCGACAAUCAAGAUUUUGGGAACUUCGGAACAUUGUCUUGGCCGACAAUGAAUGGCGACCCUGGCGCCCAAUGGAUAUACGGGUAA